GACCCGGAGAGUGCUCAAGCCCAAGUCAACUGAGCUAUGUGUGUAACACAACUCUGGGCAAUGAAUGUAGAAACGAGAGCGACUGUGGCAGAUGGGGCACGUGUUGCUCUACCCCAUGUGGGCCAAGAUGUGUCCUCAGGCAUUUCAGAAAUGACGACGGGCAGUGCCCACGCCCAGACCAUCUUGCCCGUGUGUGUAACUGCACUUUUGGGAAGGUGUGUGAGUCGGACCAGGAUUGUGCAGGAUCACAAAGAUGCUGUGAUGCUGGGUGUCAGAAACGUUGUGUCCUGUCGUUCUACAGAAAGUCUCAUGGAGACUCAUGGAAAUCUGAGGAAUGUCCGAAUCCGUCCUGCCUGGAUCGUGCCUGCAGGAUGAAUCACAGCGUCUCGUGUGGAGAUGAUGGGGAUUGUGGCAAGUGGAGGUCAUGUUGUGAGACACCUUGUGGUAGACGCUGUGUCCACCCCUUCAUGGGGCAGAGCAGGAGUUUGUCCGUCUCAGAUCGGACAUCUGGAAUGUGUCCUUCUCCUGCUCGCCUCUCUGCCGUGUGCAACCUGAAGUACGGUGAGCUGUGUGAGGAAGAUAAUGACUGCUACGCAUGGCAGAUGUGCUGCAACACCAGCUGUGGGCGUCGCUGUGUCCAUUCCUACCGCAGCAGGGGGAGCGAACAAAGGUGUCCCUCACCUUCCAGACUGAGCCACGUCUGUACCAUGAGUUUCCACACUCAGUGCAAUGAGGACAGUGACUGCGAGGGUUGGCAAACCUGCUGCAAUACCACCUGUGGGAACAGAUGUGUCUUCAAGUUCCUGUCCAGACCGACCCAGUGCCCUGCCUCCACCCGCUUGGACCCAUUCUGUGAGAUGAAGUUGGGAGACGUGUGUCAGAAUGACACUGACUGCCAUGCCUGGUCAUCAUGCUGCAAUGCCACCUGUGGAAAGAGAUGUGUACCUCGUUUCCUCAUGAGCCGUGAUGAUACCUGUCCUGCUCCCCACCGCCUGGAGCCCAUGUGUGACCUGAAACUCGGAGAUCGUUGCAGCGGAGAUGAAGACUGUGAUGCCUGGCAGAGCUGCUGUGAGAGCAAAUGUGGAAAUAUCUGUAUCCCCAGUUUCAUGGAUGAUGAUGAGGAAGGAGAGUGCCCCGCUCCGUCCCGGGUGAAGAGGCAUUCGAAUGUAUCGUGUGUGACAGAUGAGGACUGCGGGAGCUGGGAACAAUGCUGCGACAUGGGCUCUGGGAGGAAAUGUGUUCACAGCAGCUCACUGCACAAGGGAGAGUCCCAGUGCCCACACAGCCGUACCCUGGGCAAGGUCUGUAACAUGACGUUGGGAGAUGAGUGUGAGGCUGAUACUGACUGUGACCGUUGGCAAAUGUGCUGUGACGCUGGCUGUGGAAAAAGAUGUGUUUUCCGAUUCUUCAAAGGAGAGAAUGGGAGCUGCCCGGAUGCCAGGCGCCUUACCCCGAUGUGCAAUGUUAACUACGGCCAGGAGUGUACAAAUGAUGAUGACUGUGAUCUGUGGCUCUCGUGCUGUGAGGCCGGAUGUGGGAAGAGAUGUGUCCAUCGGUAUCACAAACGCGGGAAGCGAGACGCAGAGUGUCCCAAACCAUUCCAGAUGCAAAAUAUCUGUGACCGGGACGAUGCCGAGGAGUGUGAGGUAGACGAGGACUGCGCAAGGUGGAAGCAGUGCUGUAACGUCGGGAACUGCGGCAAACGCUGCGUCUAUGGGGUCCACAGGCAAGAGGAAGCCUUUGAAUGUCCAGCAGAAUCUCGUCUCCAGCCCAUUUGUCAGAUGAAACUGGGCUCUCAAUGUUCUACUGAUGACGACUGUGAUAUCUGGCAAAAGUGUUGUGAGACUGGAUGUGGGAGGAGAUGUAUCAUGAGCUUCAAGCCUGGAGUGUCUCCUAAAGGCCAAGGAUCCACAUGUCCGGACACGACCAGACUGCAUUAUGUCUGUCGGAUGAACUUCACCGCUCCCUGCGAUGGAGACGAUUCCUGUGGUCACUGGGCAUCGUGCUGUAACACGGAAUGUGGACCUCGAUGUGUGUCACAGUGGUUUGCGAGAAAGCCUGCUGACCAGUGCCCAGAGGAGGACAGCCUCUCCAUGUUCUGUCAGAUCAGCACCGGGCGUUCCUGUAAUGACAACGGGGACUGUGAUGGAUACCACUCGUGUUGUGAUGCUGGCUGUGGGAAGAAAUGCAUCCCAAAGUGUUUCACAGGAGAGAACAGAACCUGUCCCAUUGCAAGGAGGCUGACGAUGUUGUGCAACACGACCCUGGGAAAAGACUGCAAGAACGACACGCAGUGCGACGUGUGGCAGAGGUGCUGCCUGGCCAAGGGCUGCGGUGGGAAAUGUGUCCCAACAUUCAUCAGGAAAUUUUUGCGAAAGAAAUGCCCAGAACAUUCCCGUGUGUCUUUUCUCUGCAAGAAAAACCGGACUCGAUCGUGUGAGGAUGAUGAUGAUUGUCCUUCCUAUGAACAGUGCUGUGAGAUUGGAUGUGGCAAGAAAUGUGUCUCCUCAUUCAGGCAAGGUGAGAGACCCGGAGAGUGCUCAAGCCCAAGUCAACUGAGCUAUGUGUGUAACACAACUCUGGGCAAGGAAUGUAGAAACGAGAGCGACUGUGGCAGAUGGGGCACGUGUUGCUCCACCCCAUGUGGGCCAAGAUGUGUCCUCAGGCAUUUCAGAAAUGACGACGGGCAGUGCCCACGCCCAGACCAUCUUGCCCGUGUGUGUAACUGCACUUUUGGGAAGGUGUGUGAGUCGGACCAGGAUUGUGCAGGAUCACAAAGAUGCUGUGAUGCUGGGUGUCAGAAACGUUGUGUCCUGUCGUUCUACAGAAAGUCUCAUGGAGACUCGUGGAAAUCUGAGGAAUGUCCUAAGCCGUCCUCCCUGGAUCGUGCCUGCAGGAUGAAUCACAGCGCCUCGUGUGGAGAUGAUGGGGAUUGUGGCAAGUGGAGGUCAUGUUGUGAGACACCUUGUGGUAGACGCUGUGUCCACCCCUUCAUGGGGCAGAGCAGGAGUUUGUCCGUCUCAGAUCGGACAUCUGGAAUGUGUCCUUCUCCUGCUCGCCUCUCUGCCGUGUGUAACCUGAAGUACGGUGAGCUGUGUGAGGAAGAUAAUGACUGCUACGCAUGGCAGAUGUGCUGCAACACCAGCUGUGGGCAACGCUGUGUCCAUUCCUACCGCAGCAGGGGGAGCGAACAAAGGUGUCCCUCACCUUCCAGACUGAGCCACGUCUGUACCAUGAGUUUCCACACUCAGUGCAAUGAGGACAGCGACUGCGAGGGCUGGCAAACCUGCUGCAAUACCACCUGUGGGAACAGAUGUGUCUUCAAGUUCCUGUCCAGACCGACCCAGUGCCCUGCCUCCACCCGCUUGGACCCAUUCUGUGAGAUGAAGUUGGGAGACGUGUGUCAGAAUGACACUGACUGCCAUGCCUGGUCAUCAUGCUGCAAUGCCACCUGUGGAAAGAGAUGUGUACCUCGUUUCCUCAUGAGCCGUGAUGAUACCUGUCCUGCUCCCCACCGCCUGGAGCCCAUGUGUGACCUGAAACUCGGAGAUCGUUGCAGCGGAGAUGAAGACUGUGAUGCCUGGCAGAGCUGCUGUGAGAGCAAAUGUGGAAAUAUCUGUAUCCCCAGUUUCAUGGAUGAUGAUGAGGAAGGAGAGUGCCCCGCUCCGUCCCGGGUGAAGAGACAUUCGAAUGUAUCGUGUGUGACAGAUGAGGACUGCGGGAGCUGGGAACAAUGCUGCGACAUGGGCUGCGGAAGGAAAUGUGUUCACAGCAGCUCACUGCACAAGGGAGAGUCCCAGUGCCCACACAGCCGUACCCUGGGCAAGGUCUGUAACAUGACGUUAGGAGAUGAGUGUGAGGCUGAUACUGACUGUGACCGUUGGCAAAUGUGCUGUGACGCUGGCUGUGGAAAAAGAUGUGUUUUCCGAUUCUUCAAAGGAGAGAAUGGGAGCUGCCCGGAUGCCAGGCGCCUUACCCCGAUGUGCAAUGUUAACUACGGCCAGGAGUGUACAAAUGACGAUGACUGUGAUCUGUGGCUCUCGUGCUGUGAGGCCGGAUGUGGGAAGAGAUGUGUCCAUCGGUAUCACAAACGCGGAAAGCGAGACGCAGAGUGUCCCAAACCAUUCCAGAUGCAACAUAUCUGUGACCGGGACGAUGCCGAGGAGUGUGAGGUAGACGAGGACUGCGCAAGGUGGAAGCAGUGCUGUAACGUCGGGAACUGCGGCAAACGCUGCGUCUAUGGGGUCCACAGGCAAGAGGAAGCCUUUGAAUGUCCAGCAGAAUCUCGUCUCCAGCCCAUUUGUCAGAUGAAACUGGGCUCUCAAUGUUCCACUGAUGACGACUGUGAUAUCUGGCAAAAGUGUUGUGAGACUGGAUGUGGGAGGAGAUGUAUCAUGAGCUUCAAGCCUGGAGUGUCUCCUAAAGGCCAAGGAUCCACAUGUCCGGACACGACCAGACUGCAUUAUGUCUGUCGGAUGAACUUCACCGCUCCCUGCGAUGGAGACGAUUCCUGUGGUCACUGGGCAUCGUGCUGUAACACGGAAUGUGGACCUCGAUGUGUGUCACAGUGGUUUGCGAGAAAGCCUGCUGACCAGUGCCCAGAGGAGGACAGCCUCUCCAUGUUCUGUCAGAUCAGCACCGGGCGUUCCUGUAAUGACAACGGGGACUGUGAUGGAUACCACUCGUGUUGUGAUGCUGGCUGUGGGAAGAAAUGCAUCCCAAAGUGUUUCACAGGAGGCCAAGAGAGAGGAAUUGUGUGUGAGCUGUCUGGUGUACUGCAGCAGAUCAUGGAGUGGUGUUGUGAAGGCUGA